AAUUGGCACACUGGACGGGGACCCGGAUGUUGAAAUUGGGAGCUUCUCCUAUGGCCACGAUUUCUACAACCCUCUUGUUGUUGAAAGAAUGCUGGUUGUGGGACUUGCUGACACAUUUGCGAGGUUGAUUAUUCUGAGUAGCCAUAUUGGCGGAUUCAAUAGAGAGAAAAAUGUCAGAGGUUUGCAGCUCAAGGUGGAGUUCAAAGCUUAG